AUGGGACCCGAAUGGGACCGGAACGAAUAUUGGGACACGGGUAUUGGGACCCAGGCGCUCUCCUGCCGCUGGCGUGCUCCGCCGACCCCGACCGUCGGCGCUGCACGCACCGCCGUCGCCAUCACCGGCUCCCCGAUCAUCGGGGUUGCCAUGGCCACGCCCGUCAUUGGAGCCGCGACCGGAUACGCCGUGGCCUGA